UAACCCACCCCUUCAUUGAUCACUCCCUCCCUCCCUCCCUCUCAUUCUCACCACCUCCGCCAUGGACUCACACACCACCACCUCCGCCGCCAUCACCGGAGAUCACACUUCGGUCAUCACCCGCACCCUUCAAACCCACAACCAAGAUCCUUCUUCCAAAAUCCAAGCUGCCAAAGAGAUCCGACGCCUCACCAAAACAUCCCACCGCUUCCGCCGCCACUUCUCCGACGCCAUACCACCGCUCGUCUCCAUGCUCCGCUAUCCUUCCGUUGAAUCCAACGCCGCCGCUCUUCUCGCUCUCGUUAAUCUUGCUGUUCAAGAUGAAACAAACAAGAUUAGUAUUGUGGAUGCUGGUGCAUUGGAAUCAAUUGUCACUUUUUUACAUAUGGGGAAUAUUAAUAUGCAAGAACAUGCAACAGCAUCAUUAGCCACACUAUCUGCAUCACCUGUAACAAGGUCAGCCAUUGGUGCAUCAGGUGCUAUUCCUUUUCUUGUUGAGGUUCUUCAUCAGGGGACCCCACAAGCCAAGGUGGAUGCAGUCAUGGCUCUGUUUAAUCUCUCAUCUGAAAAACACAAUCUCAACCUCAUACUUCAAUCACAACCUGUUCCUUACCUUGUAAACAUCCUUAAAAGCUCCAAAAAAUCCUCAAAGGUUUCGGAAAGAUGCACCGGUCUUCUUGAAUCUUUAAUCGGUUUUGAAGAAGGAAGAGUUUCUUUAACCUCAGAAGAAGGUGGUGUGCUUGCGGUUGUGGAGGUUCUCGAACGUGGGUCCCCACAAAACCGUGAGCACGCAGUGGGUGCGCUUUUAACUAUGUGCCAGAGUGACCGGUGUAGGUAUAGAGAACCGAUACUUAAAGAAGGUGUCAUUCCCGGGCUCUUAGAGCUUACGGUUCAAGGCACCCCAAACUCACAAACAAAAGCGCACACUUUGCUUCGGUUGUUACGCGAAUCACCAUACCCGCGAUCAGAACUCGAGCCUGACACCCUCGAAAACAUUGUGUGCGACAUUAUAUCACAGAUUGAAGGUGAAGAACAAUCCGGGAAUGCUAAACAGAUGCUAGCGGAUAUGGUGCAAGUUAGCAUGGAACAGAGUUUGAGACAUUUACAGCAAAGGGCUCUGGUAUGCACUACAUCUGAAGUCUCUUUGAAAUAAGUGUUACAUUUACAGCGCGGUAACAGGUUCUCACGGUUAAAAAAAUUCGCUAAUAUGUUUUUUUUUAAUUGUGGGUUUUGUUGUUUAAGUUCAAUGUUCCAUGAAUAUAUUAAGGACAUGUUUGUGGGAUCAAAUGUUGUUCCAUAGUAGGAAAGCAGCCAGUCCAGGCCUUUUGUGUUUGGUGGGUAUCAUGUGACUGGUAGAUGUUGAUAAACUUGCCAAAAUUGGUGUUGCUCAAUGUAAAUGUUGUGCCAGACUGAAUAAUAAUAAUAUCCAAGGUUGAUAAAA